AUGACCUUAACUCGCUACUCUGCAUGCCGGCAAGGAUGGCGGGGUGCGGGUGCAGCUGGCCACGGAGGUGGCUGGGCCGCGCGGGUGGUGUCGGUGUGUGAGGAGCGCGAGGAGUUUGUGGUGCAGCAUGUGGCGCAAGAGCUGGGUAUGAAGAUGGCGCGCGUGGUGGUGGUGGAGGGCAGCCUCGGGCCGUAUGAGGGGCGCAUCGAGUACCGAGUACUGAGUGAUGAGGGGCUGGCCGCCCGCUACCUAUAA